AAAUGAGGGUGUAAACAUGUAUUUAAUGUGUUUUUAUUAUUUUGAUUAAAUAGUUUUUCAUAUAGUUCGUACAUUUGCUUUGACAUUGAACAAAUGUGUGUAAAAUGUACUUAUGCAAUCCAAUUUUCAACCAAUUUUUAGUUAUUAAAGUGAAACCUUUCAAUGGCUAGUGACAGCGACAAAAGUUCGAAUAAUCUUGAUUUGGAUGGAUAUUUAAAAAACAACAAGAAACAAGGGAGUGCCGGAAAUAUUGGUGACAGCGGUGACAAAACAAACCUGGGUGUUCCCCCAGUUGGCAAAGGCGGACGGCAUUUGUCCAUACCCUUUGAUUCAGCGACUGCUAAUGGUGAUUUAACCAAGAAACAAAAUGGCACAACAGUGCGCACCAACAGCCUGGGGUCGGGCGCGCGAACGCCGCCGGUGGAGCGAACCAAAUCCAAGUUCUCGGCCCUUGGUAGGCUCUUCAAACCUUGGAAGUGGAAACGGAAAAAGAAGUCGGAGAAGUUUGAAGCAGCCUCUAGAACUUUAGAAAGGAAGAUAUCCGUCCGAGCAAAUAGAGAUGAGCUGGUUCAGAAAGGGAUCCUCCUGCCGGAGAGUCCCAUUGCGCCGGUGCCCGAAGCUAAUGAAGACUCCCCCACAUACGAAGACUCGGCGCGUCCCGAGCAGAAUGCCAUGGACCGCGGCAUCAGCAACGCGCACGCCGCGCUGCAAGCACAGCUCGCGUCGCAGCUGCAACAUCAGCAGGCCGCGCUCGCCAGCGCGCUUGCAGCAGCGGCCGCGCACCACUCCAUACAUAACAACAACAUAGAACCAAAGAAAGACAAAUUGGAAAAUGGCGGCGAGCUGAUGAGGCCCGAGCGUCCGAACUCCCUGACAGCAGGCAAGCACACGCGACGGAUAUGUUAUCAAGGAGACGUAGUAGGCGGUUACGGGGAACCCGGCGGCGACGAGCAACUAGUGCUGUCGGAGCUGCCGGAGCCGCCGAUCGCGCUGUCGGAGAUCGGGCCCAUCCCGCCGCCGCCCAUGUUCAGCUCGCCCAGCCCCACGCGCCACCACCACCAGCACCAGCACCAGCAGCAUGCGCAUGAGGACUCCGAAGACGAGGACGACGGGGACUCGGAAGAGGAGCUCCCAGUAACGGACACGUCGCGCGUGGAGGAGAUCCCGCCGAAGGAGCCGAGCUUCAACGCCGUGCCGCUCAAGUCGGCGCUCAAGAAGCGCGCCGGCGACGCCGCCACGCCGCUCGCCACGCCGCUGGCGCCGCGCCAGGACCACCACCAUGCUAGCUUCAAACGGCCGCCGCCGAAGCCGAGGGCCAGAUUCUGCAGUCGACCGGUGCGGGUGGGCAACGCGAUGGAGAACAAGGAGAACGCUCGGCCGUGGGAGGGCGCGGGCGAGUAUCGAGAGGAACACGCCAGUGAAUCCGAUCGCGUCGCUGCCAAGCUCGCGCGCAAGGAAAGCCUCAACAUCAAGCUCGCGCUGCGGCCCGACCGGCAGGAGCUCAUUAACAGGAACAUCCUGGUGGUGCAGAGCGAGCACGAGCGGCAGGAGUCGUGGGAGGCGAUCGGCGCGCGCCUCAUCCGCCGCCUGUCCAUGCGCCCCACCGCCGAGGAGCUCGUCGAGAGAAAUAUACUCAAAAGUCAAUCACCUGCUGAGGAAAAGAAACAGAAAGAAGAAAAGAAACGGUACCUUCUUCGCAAACUUAGCUUUCGACCGACCGUCGACGAGCUCAAGGAGAAGAAGAUUAUACGUUUCAGUGAUUACAUUGAGGUUACACAGGCUCACGACUACGACCGGCGCGCGGACAAGCCGUGGACGCGCCUGACGCCGCGCGACAAGGCCGCCAUCCGCCGCGAGCUCAACGAGUUCAAGAGCUCCGAGAUGGCGGUCCACGAGGAUAGCAAACACCUCACGAGGUUCCACAGACCAUGACGGCUGUGCACGGAGCUCCCCCCGCGCCGCGCCGGCUGAGCGCCGCGCCGGCCACGCCGGCCACACUGGCCACGCCGGCCACACCGGCCACAUCGGCCACACCGGCCACGCCGGCCACACCUGACGCCUACUGCCUCGCCCGGGACGCACGGGCCCGCGCCAGCGACGCGGCCCCGCAGCCGGCCCGCAGCGGUAAAGUGUUGAUUAUUCUAAAGUUGCGUUGUACCGCCAUUCUAUACUUACAUUUUGUGUAUGCGUACAGUGAGUGCAAUCUUGUUUUAAUUGACUUUUUAUUGUAAUAUCCUAGUUAUUGCCGAGUACAAUUUUAUUACUUUAAUUGUAUCGUUUUAUGUUAAGUCGUAUUCUAAGCGUACCUAUACAUUCUUUGAAUUGACCUUCGCGAAAGGUUAGUGAUACUGAUUAUUAUGAUGGAGAUUAUGUGCUUGAAGCUCGAUGUAUGGUGAGAUUUUCGAGUGGAUCAUUUUGAAAUGUAAAACGUAUCCAUCAUAUGUAGAUUUGUGAUUUUUUCUUAUAUUGCUAGCUAUUAGCUCCGUAGUCAUUAAGCUAGAUUCGAUUUAAAUCAUAUUUAUUUCACAUAUAUUUUUUAUGGUCACAAUAAAUUUUAACUAUAAUUUGAAAAUUAUAGCUUUAUUGAGGGCGUACGUCUUAAAUUUAACUUUUGUCGCGUGUCUUAUUGUUGUUGAAAGCAAUUUUAAAACGUUGGCCAUGAGAUACUGCCACUAAUUUAAACUGUUUUAUCGUGAAACGUUUGUAGUUCAUUAUAAAGGCAAUGUGAUAUCGCCUGCGACGUAAUCGUAGUCACGUUGUUGCAUUACACUGCUCAACACAAACUGACCUACGUGUACCGUGUACAAGACGGUGCGGAGGGAUGUAGCUGUUAUAUUGGUAUACUGUGUCAAUCAAUAAAUAUAACCCAACUAACGUAGGUUUCAUAAUUUGGAAUCCACAAUUGAUUUCAACAUUCGAGAGAUUGAGAAGUGCUUCCAGAUGCUGUGUAAUGUAACAAUAAACUUAUUAGAACAUAGAUGCCAUUACUACAAAAGAAUGUAACUUCAAAACGUAUUUAGCUAUUGUUUUUUAUAUUCAUAUCAAAUUCAAACUCGAGCAUUCCUUUAAUUGAAAAUGUCGCAGCUAAUGUACCACCUGACAUUUCCUUUCCAUUUUUAAUGGCUGGAUAUAUAUGUAGCUUUGAACAUUCGUUUACAAACUACGACAUAGCGACUGAACUCAAAAUUCCUUCACACUUGAGAAUUUAAGGCAUAACUAGUAAUGCGACGACAUAUUUUAGUACAGGGAAAUGCACAGUGAUUACAAAACGCACAGACAGCGUACUGUCAAAGUUCACAUUAUCAUAGCUAAGAAGAAACUCGUCAGGGCGCGAACUAACAGAUUUCUUAUCAUAGACAAUUGGUAGCACAGGCAAAUCGGAGGGAACAACUUGUUAAACAUCUUGACGCUCUAACUUAGGACUAGCGUUAGUAUUCAACGAUGAACGAAGUAUUGCGUAAAGGACUUAGUAAAUUGAUCGAAUAAGUUGGUAUAAAGUUGUAGAUGUUAAAAUAAUAUAAACGCGCCUUCUGAGAUUAUUAUUAUCGUUUUGUACUGUAUCAGCGGUACGUUGUAAUUGAACUACCUUUUUAUUUCCUCGAGGACGUUUGUAUCGUCUAAAAUUGAUAGUAUAGAUAGAGAGCAAUAAUAAUAUCAGUUUUGUAUAUGAAUAUAUGAAAUUUUUAAAUCUUUAGUGUUCAGAACAUGUUUUUAUUAAUUAAUAAUUUCUUAGUAUGUAUAAACUCAUUAUUAGAGUUCGUAUUAAAAAUCAUUUUAUAUCGCAAUGUUUAGUAGCGGUGCCAUUUUGUGACGUGCUUUAUACUAAAGUCAAGCGUAUACUUGUGAAUAUUAACCAAGUUUAGUAGACCACACGGUACGGCACCAUCGUAAGGCACAGUUAACUGACCUUUUGUCGACUUUAUUGGGAGGACUUAAGGUCGACCAAAGAUCAAUAACUGUGUUGGUGUCAGUACUGGCGAGUACGUGGUCGCGUCGCCGCGGCCAUUCCUACACCGACCAUAACAUUGUCAAUAACAUAACUUUAUGUAUUACUACACAAUCAUUUAAUUAUAACUCUCUCAUGUUAAGCGACUUCGUAAUCACAUUACUUUAUGCAAUAUUAUAAUAGAGAGCUACAAGAGUUGUAAAUGGUGGUUAACUUUGAAACCAUUCCAUUAUAGUUACAAUUGGAAGCCAAAAUGACGACUUAUUUUUCUAAAAAGUUUUGUUAGAUUUGCAAAUAAAAAACGUUAUAAUAAAAUGUAGGCGUUAAUCGAUAUUGUAUUAAUAAGAAGACAUUCAGAUUUCCAAAGAUCUAAGGCUCAACUAAAUUCUUUUAACUAGCUUAUGUAUUGCCAUUAUAAUGAUGUAUAUAUGUUAUUGCGAUAUAUCGUGCGACUGUUGAUAUCUCAAGUGACUGUUGGGGAAGUGAGUAUAUAUUUAGCUGUUAUAUCGAAGAAACAUCGCGUUCAAUUCACGGGGUUGUUGAAACGAAAAGUAUGAUCAAGUCGUAUAUGUGCAUAGUUUAGUUAGGAUAUACAAACGAAGGUAGCGUACAGCGAUGUCACUUCAAUUUAGCCGCUUCAAUAGAAACCUUUGCGUUCGAGUACCAAUCACGAUCAUAGUUGAUAAUUAGAACCUUUACUUUGAGUAAAAAUAGAUACUUACCAAAAUAUUGUGAUACAACUUUUUUAUCUGUAGUAUUUCGCUCGGAUUAUUAAAACACUUUCUUUUCUUGGUGUUCUAGAGAGAAUGUCAAAGCGAAUAUGGUCAAUACAUUAAAUUGUGUAUAAAGUACAUAUGAAAAAAAGUUUUGAAUAUUUAUUUAGAUACGUUACCUAGAAUGUUGACGAUUAUCCCGACUCCCAGAUAUGUAUCCGAUUAGUGUAAGCACAUUUGUUCAAAUAUAUCCUGGGCACUUGCCAAAUUAAUUUCCUAGGUUAUUGUUACAGUUUUAUGACAUUCUCUUACAUGUUAACCUCGAAGGUGCUAUAUGUUAGCAAUAUGUGUGUACACCAAACCAUUGUCAUGGCUAACGAUAGUAUUCCAUAAUGAGAUUUAUGUGUAUACACUUACAUUUGACAAGGCGUUCUCGGCAACAAUUGUGUUGUAGCUAGAGAAUUUAUUUUUAUACUUAGUAUACAGGGGUGUUUAUGAAAAGCAAAACGUAUAGUUUGCAUUUUUGAUGUCAUACCUUAUUCAAGUAUUUUAUGCACGUGUUUAUUCUUUUUUAUAAUGGAAAUAUAAAUUUGUGGUAAACCUAAGAAUAUGUUAAUCAUGUUACAAGAAUUAUGAUACAAUUGUAUUAUCAGCAACAAGUCUUUUUAAAUACCGAUUGCAAAGUACCAAUGAGAACAUGUCUGUAUAUAAUUUUAAUUAUGAUGUAAAUUAUGGAAUCUCUUUUUUCCAACGGUAUCGCGCGUCUCUUUUGUGCUACUACGAUAUAUAAAUUGCUACCAUCAGUAAUCAGUUUACUGUUGCUUUUAUUUGAAUAUUGUGUAAAUUAUUAAUGACAUGUUGUAAUAAGUAUAUUUUAUAAUAGCCAUAAUUACUUGUUUUAUAUAAGGUAAGUCUGUAAAUACCAUGAUUAUACAUUAAGUUUUAUACUC